UCAUUUAACUUUAGCGAACCACGAUGUUGUUUCUCUUACAAAUAUGCAUGAAUACAUUUUAUGUAGACACGUUGCCUGUAGUUUACCAAUUUCCACCUGAAUCUCCAUACUCAGAUGUAGACGAGUGCUCCCUCGGUACAGACGACUGUGACCAGAUCUGUGAGAACGUCCCGGGAAGCUUCACCUGUUCCUGCUGGGAUGGCUACAUCAUGGACGGCGGCACUUGUGUGGAUGUGGAUGAAUGCACUUUGGACACUGAUAACUGUGAGCACACGUGUCACAACCACGUGGGUAACUACACCUGCUCGUGUAAUGAGGGCUACUUUCUGUCGAGCAAUGGCUGGAACUGCACAGAACCCCUGACUUCCCUCGUCAUUUCUGCAACCCAGCAAGCACAUAUAGAAGCGUACCUGUCCUCUAAUGACCAACAAGAGGUGUACUUUGCAACAAAUCAUGAAAUAAGCCUUGCGGUGGCACAGGUAAUGGGAGAGCUUGAAACUAUCAACUGGACAGUAAAUGGCGUCACGGCAACGUCUUCCUUGAAUCUAACUGAAGGUGUUUACACGGUCCUAGCAACAGCAGUUAACGAGUUCUCUGAGAUUUCGGCUAACAUGACCCUCCGUGUUGUUGAAUGUAUCCACGAAGUACGCGUAUUUCACGUUGGAACCGACGACCCUACUCCGGUAGAGGUUUCCCCGCCUAUAGGCUACGCUGCAUGUCAGUACCCGGCUAGAUUCCUUGUCUUGGUCAGACAGGUGGGUUACAACGCCAGCUAUGUCGCCAGCGUUAACGGCGGUGGUCAUUUUGAAAUCCCAACUCCCGUGGACUCCACCCAAGCCGGCAAUUUGAUGUCAUACCAAGGCGUCAUACCCCACGACCUUUCGGAAUACUACCUGGCUACAUUCACGCUCACGUUUCAGGACCAAGGGCAGUACCAAGUUGUCGUCAACGGGUCAAAUAUCCUGUCUGAGACCGUGGCAGAUGUGUCUGUAACGGCAGAGUGGCCGGUAACAAGCGUUCUUGUGACCGACAACAGUCCUGCCCAAGCCCCGGACCCCGUCGUCUUCACCAUAUGGCUCUUGGACUCAACUCCACCCACAGACUUGUUCUUCGAUGCGUCCUAUGGCGACGGCUUUGAUGACGUCGCUUUUUACGUUGGAGAUCAGUACACCGCCAUGCAGCCGGAAUUCUCCAUCGGGUACCUGUACUUGCCUGGAUCGUAUUCAUUUUUCAUCCGAGUGUAUAACCAGGUUAGCGAGGCGUAUGGGUCCAUUUACGCAACCCAGGACUACCAGCUAUAUGGCUUGAACCUCACGAUUUCCUCUGCGUUCUCGGGAAUCCACAACGGAAAGGUAUUGUACGAAGGUGUGAAUAUGACUGGACAGGGCCCAGGUGAAAGCGUCUUCGCCGGUCCCCCACUUCUCAUGCCCGUGAACUUCGAGUACGAGGUCUCUCAGGGAACACAGGAUGACGUGCACACGAGUUGGUGGUUUAUCGGUGAUGAAGUCGCCGGAGAGGAGUUGAAGCUGUCCGUCACAUUUCAGGAGGUUGGGACCUACACUGUCACCGCAAUAGCCUUCAACCAACUGGCCGAGAUGAGCGGUGAAUCCCAGGUGGAUAUUUACGAAACUAUCACUAAUGUGUACGUGGCCAGCAAUGAUCCGGUCUUACUCGGCGAGACGAUGACAUUUGCUGUCUUCGCCACUUCUCCCGGAACAAGCAGUACCUUUCUGUUACAGUUAUCUGAGGAAGACCAGAAUCUGAUCACCCUUACUCCGCCGUCCAAGGACAGCAACUCAGUUGCCAUAGUUGAAUCAACCUUUCAAGGCAGGAACUUUCCCUUUAAACUGUCGGACGUGUACGUCACCUUCUACUCCCAUGUGUAUCCCUCCGCCGGCACAUACCGGGUACAAGUGAAUGCAACGAAUGCUAUAUCUACGGCCAACGCAGAGACAGUGGUCACCGUGCAUGAAAUCCCAUGCUUCAGACCGCGCGUUGACAUCAAAGACGACGGGACUAGCACGGUUGUCAACCCUACAGCAUACAGAAGAGACCAGGACAUAGCUCUAGCCGCAACUGUGCAACUAAACUGUACUGCUGCGAAUAGUAGGACAUUCAAGUGGAAAGCCUAUACCAUGGCGGGAUUGCAGUCAAUUCCGUAUUCGUCAAAUGAGGCAACAAUCAAUAAUGUACUCAACGGAACUACUGAAAUCACCAUUCCAAAGCACACGUUAGGAUACGGGCGCUACAUCUUGGAGUUUUCCGUAACGGAAGUUCACGGGGUGAACGGUACAGAUGUGACGAUCAGCAACUCAGACUACACGUGGUUCGAGAUUGUUGAAAGUGCCCUGGUCACGAGAAUUUCUGGAGGGUCCUUGAUAUCUAUAGGGCGGAAUUCCACCGUCAGAAUUGAUGCCUCCACAUCGUACGACCCGGACGUACCUGAGUCUGAGUCCACCUCAGGAUUGACGUACACCUGGUCGUGUCGAAUGGACAAUGAGACCUUCACCAACGACGAGAGUUCAGCCGAGUGGAUGGAAGGGGGCUGUUUAGGAGGCGGUAAGAGCUGGCCUGUGACGAACAACACGAAUCCUUUACUAGUCAUUCCAGGAGGGACACUAGAUGGGGGAAAAACGUACGUCUUUCGGGUGACAGUGUCCAAGCCUGGUCGACAAGCCGGUGGCCACGCAGAAAAGAUUGUUGUCAUCGUGGAAGGCACGCCUCCGGCCCUGGAAGGGAUCUCGUGUGUGCGGAAUUGUGGACAGUACCUGAAUCCUUCGGAACGUCUAGUUCUGAAGGCCAAGUGUACCGACUGCACUUCCGGAAAUCGUCUUCAGUAUUACUGGAGUUUAGUGAGCAACUCUGUAAACAGUAAACAAGAGAUAGACUGGGACACAGACGCACUCACGGGCAGACAGAAGAAAUACCUGUCUAUUCGAAAAGGCACGUUUGCGAGUGGCGCCGUUGCGGAAACCUACACCAUACGAAUUGACGCAUCCGAUGAAAGCGGAGAGUCUACGUAUGCACUGUACAGCUUCACGACCAAUGUCCCGCCAACUCUGGGAACGUGCACGGUCGUGCCAGACACUGGGACUGUGAUGGAGACCUUGUUUCAGGUCACGUGUUCAGGAUUUUUGGACGUGAACCUGCCUCUUAUAUACAGGUUUGCAGCCAUCUCUGGUGUUGCUACCUCAACAAAGGCCUGGAAACAAGGUACAAUGGUCUACUACGGCACAGACAGUACCUCUUCACCCUUGUAUCUGCCUAUUGGAGACGAGGACAACGAUUACUUGAUCACCAUCGCUAUCCGUGUCACAGACUCUUUUGGAGCGACUACGGAGACAACAACAACCGCAACGGUUUUAGAGAGAGAAACGAAGGAAAAUGUAUCCACCGUUAUCACCAACACGGAAACAACGGUUGAUGCGUUACUGGAGGCUGGUAACAGUCAGGCGGCUUUGCAGUUGCUUACCUCCGUCAGCUCUACCAUGAACAUCGAUACAACCACAGGCCAGGAGGAAAAAACUCAGCUGCGGAAAGGUGCCAUUACCAGUUUGAACAGGAUCCCGAUUAAAACUCUUGACAGUCUUCAACAAACUGCUACGACCAUGGCUCAGCUUACCGAAGAGGAAACCGAGCUCUCAGGGGACGCGCAGGGUCUGGCCGUAUCGAAACUCGCAGAAAUGACGACAUUUCUGAAGGCGAAAACCGAGGAUGGAACCGCCAGCGGCCAGGCGGUGGAGGCUGCCGCACAGGCCCUGAUAUCCGGCCUGGCUAAUGUUGUCAAAGCAGCUGCUAGGAGAACAUCAACAGUUCAUGACCACUUCACGCCAAAAGUAUACCCGUGGUCCUCUGCUAUCUUACACCAGUCGCUGCAGACGAUAUCUACCGUCAAACAAGCCGUUCUGUCCACGAAAGUCCCUGGGGAGGAGCCCAAGGUACUGACCACCCCCAGCCUCGCUAUCAUGCUACAGCGGGACGAAAGUCAGAAUUUCCGCGCAGGCGCGUACGUGCAGGAGGACUUCGGCAGUUUGUUCUCAGUACCGAGUGGGGAGGACUUGUUCAGGAACGCCACCAUUCAACCCGACCAGAUCAUCGACAUGCAUAUGACGCACUUCAGCAACAACCCAUAUCAGUGGGCUACUAACAGAAGUCUGGAGGAUACCGUUGUGUCACUGGAGUUCACGUCUGAAGGCCAGGACAUCCCUGUACGGAACCUAACGAAAUCAGUUGACAUAAUCAUCCCUCGGGACGAUAGUUCCGAGUCCUGGAGCACCGUUCGGAUAUCAGGAGGUGUUACAGACGUGCAGGAUGUUACUGCUUUCAACACCACCGACGUCCAUGAAAAUCAAACCUUCUACGUCUUCCUGCGAUCCUCCAAUCCGGCAUCAGAACUAACUCUGUACCUAGGAGAAGACCAGUAUCCAACAUCUCUCAGCUACACAAGCAAACAGAACCUACCUUUUGCGACUACCUAUACACUUGAAGUUGCUGAAGAUGGAAACAUCACGGCCGACCCUUUCUUGUGGCAGCUCGGCAUAUUGAACACCUCUUCUGCGUAUUAUCUGGGUAUCUCCUAUAGCAACAAAGGUUAGGAGGCCCUGCAACGUUCUUUGGUUACUACCUAUUUGUGUGUAUCCUUGUGAAGACAAAUCACAGUUUGUCUUUAGUAUCUCCAUUUCUUUCAUUGUAACUUAGAACCACUUCUUCUCUUUCCUUACACGUACUUGCAGAUUACCUGGACCUGGAGUUAUUGGUGUUCACCAGCACCUGUAUCUACUAUGACGAGACCACAUCUACGUGGCAACGCGAUGGCUGUCAGCUCGGACCACUGACCACACCUAGCCGCACACACUGCAUUUGUGACCAUCUGACGUCGUUCGGCUCCACUUUCUUUUCCCUGGCCAACGACGUUGCCGUCCAGACUCAGACAGAUGAUAAUAUCCCCAUUAUCCCCAUUGUCGUGGCCUCAGUGUUUGCGGUAUAUCUGAUAGUGGCGAGUUGGGCGUACCUGAAGGACAAAGAAGAUAAAGU